AUGCAACUAAUAUGUAUUUUCAUGUUAUGUGUGGUGUUGAUAGCGCAAGGUCAAGUCAUUUCGAUCAGGCAUAUCGUAUUUAACCUGUACUUCGGGAGCAGAGAAGAUCAUAAGAAAAACGCAACAAUGAUUCCAGCAGCAGCAGAAAUGGAAGUAGCGGCAGAUGCUGCAAUGCUACCGGACGAUAGUUAUUUAAAUGAAAUUGGCGGAUAUGAUAAUUUAAAAAAAUGCGUAAUGAGUUAUUGUGUAGCCUAUUGUCGAAAAAUGGGCUAUCACCGGGGAGUUUGCAUUCUUCCCGAUACGUGCGACUGCUAUAACUAA